GCAUGAAUCCGGUACAGUAUAAGCAGAAAAAAACCACGGCGCGGAUCACCCACCCUGUACAUUUUACAGGGAGCUUUGUAUAGCAACAGUCAAAUAAAAAGAUGGCCCACAUAAAAAAAGUAAUUCUUGAUUACUACUACUUUUACUUCUACUACUACUACCCUGAUGGGGCCGCGGGACAUUAUCGGGACACAGGUCCCACGGAUGUCCUGGACUGUCCAAAUCUGACGGUGUCCGGGAAAUGAAACAAACUGGACAACGGAUCUGUGUCCAUUUUCUGUCCAGCCUUGUCCAUCCUCCUAGCAGGCCUAUACACUGUCCAGACGUUGUCCAAAACAAUGUCCAGGCUAGUCCAAGCUGAAGAAGUAGCUUACUGAUGGGGAGUUGAACAUCGGACCUUCGACCUGGGAACCCAUUGCGCUAACCACUAGGCUGUCGAACUUACUUACUACUAUCUAUGUGGCUUACCAAUGUCAUUCAGCGGCUUCCCAGCCAUGUCCAAAUGUGUCCAAGCUUGUCCAACUGCCUUCCUAACAUGCCCUCAUAUUGUCCAACCAGUGUCCAAAGUUGUCCAACCAGUGUCCAAAGAUGUCCAACCAGUGUCCAAAGUUGUCCAACUAAUGUCCAAAGUUGUCCAACCAGUGUCCAAAGUUGUCCAACCAGUGUCCAAAGUUGUCCAGCCAAUGUCCAAAGUUGUCCAACAAGUGUCCAAGCUUGUCCAACGGCACCUGUCCAAACUUUGUCCCUUUCUGUCCCAGGCUUGUCCAAAUUAUUUCUUAACAGCUCUUACAUGACUGUCCAGCCUGUGUCCAAAGUUGGACAUCGCUGUCAGAGGGAUGCGGUAGGACAGCGCUGGGACACAGGGGAAACCUAGG